CAGAUAGAGACCUUACCCCGGCUGAUGCAGGAGAGAGAGCAGCUGACGGAGGAGCUGGAGAAGAUGAGAGAGGAGAGGCAUCAAGCCAGAGAACUCCUCCAGAGAGCCAGGGAGGAGAAGAGUGAGGCCAAGCAGGGGGAGGAGAGGCUGAGGGAGGAGGGGGAGAGAGCCAGGGAGGAGAGCCGGAGGAGCAAGGAGGACAAGGGGCGACUGGAGAGCAAGGUGGCGCUGCUGCAGGAGAGAUGCGACCGUCUCACUCGCAGGGCCAGUGAGCUGGAGGCAGGCGAAGGAGUGAGUGCCUACCCGAGAGCAGAGGCUAAACGGGACAAGAAGAAGGCAGAGAGAUCUGAGGUCACAGCGCCCCCCAGUGACAGGAGAGACUCCCCGCUGCAUGUAGUAGACCUGGACGACCCCCCCCUCUCCCCUGUCCCCGACAGCACCAGCAGCGUGGACGAUGUUCGACGCUACAUCUCCUCACAUGGCGAAUCCAUCCAAAAAACCAAACAGUUCCUGGAUAGGGAGAGCAGCCGGCUGAUGGAGAGACAGGCAGCUCUGCGAGCGGCCCACAACGGCUCCUCCCAGGACCCCAACCAGGGAAGAGGGGUGACUGAGGAGAUGAUAAGAAACCUACAGCAGGAGAGCAGGAAUGUUCUGGAGCUGCAGCGGACGGUUCAGAGGGGGAACUCUCUGCUGCGGAGGAAAGAGGAGCAGCUCCAGCAGCUGGAGGGCUCUCUGGCUGAAGAGCCGCUGUUUGAGGAUCUGUCUCGGCUGGCAGGAGAGAGGAAGGUGACCUUUGAUGUGACUGACUCUGACCUCAGCAGCACGUUGGACCCCCCGGACAGACCAGAAGGUCAUCCUAAUGCCCCGGACAAAGUGCAGGAGUUAGCAGAAUCCCUGCAGCAGAUCUCAGGCCAGCUCAACAGCGUGCUGGGUGCACUGGGUUCACUCGCAGAGAGGCAGAUCGCCCCCCCCUAUACACACUUCUCUCUGUCUCAAUCUCACUCAUCCCCAGCUCCCCCCUCCACCUCUGCCCCCGUGUUCCCCCAGAUGCACCCCCUUGGCCACAGCUCCUCGGUCCCCCCUCCAUCGACGCCCUGGAGCUGGGCCCCCCAGGGCUCCUCCACAGCCCCGUCUUUCUUCAGCACCCCCGUCAGCAGUGGGCUGAGGGCCUCUGAUGACCUCAUCAACAGCCGGUGGAGCCAGAUAUUCCCCGGAGCAGCUAUGGAUCCACUCGCCUCCAGCACCAUGGGAGCAGCCUCUGCGUACUCAUCAUACACUCCUGCUAGCGACCAUGGUCGGAGCCUGCGGUCUGUGCAGAAGUCUGUGGAGGUGGACGGCCAGCGGCUGCAGGGCCUGAUCGACGGAAACAAGAGGUGGCUGGAGAUGCGCAAGAAAGACACCAGCAUACCUCUGUUCACUCGCUAUCGGGCUCCUUCCACAAAGAGCAGCCUGGUGCAGCUGGGCCUUGACGAUAACAACCAGAUCAGAGUGUAUCAUUACUGAGGACAUGACACACAGGUCAGUGCUGUUGCACUGUGACUGUCCUGAGGACUUUGGAGCGUUAGUAACUGACAGCUCAGCUUUGUGACGUUUACACGCGGGGUGAGUGCGGCGGGCAAUUCAGGGAGAAAUAUGUCACAGAGGACUGAGGACCUUUAUCCUCCACAUGAUAUAUGGCUUAAAGCACUUCCAACGCCACGUUUACAGAUUACAGCUCCAUGCCAGACCUGGGCCAAACUGUUUUUAAAUGGUUACGUUUACUUUAAUGUCUAGACCAUGACAAGGAAUCAUUUACUGAACUAUUUAUACUUGUUUUACUGAGACCAUCCCAAACACCAUCCAGUUUAUCUCCAUGUUGUGAACCCCCACUACAAAGUAGAGCUUUUAGCUGCACACAGGUCAAUAUUCAUUUCAUGUCAGGUUACAUUUGUAUUUAUGACACUCCUUUGAAAGUGACUUCUAAGUUCUAAGUGUAUGUUUUAACUAAUUAUUUUAGAUAUGGUUGUUUUAGUAUGUCAGAAGCCAAUCCACUUUUAUUUUACAUGUGUUGCUUUCUGUAUGAAUGUAAGAUAGAAACAUAUCCUUUGUGCGUAUUUAUGUGUUGAUAAUACUGUAUUUUUGUAUAAAAU